UCUCUCGGUGUGAGGCACAUGAAAUUCGGAGGCGAUCUCCUCCCGAAACCCCGACCGCAGCAGUCAUCGAAGCAAGCAGCGAGACCCCCUCCCCACACAACAUGGCUACAAUUGUAACCUCGACCAGGUUUACCGACGAGUAUCAGCUUUAUGAAGAGCUGGGAAAGGGUGCCUUCUCUGUGGUCCGUAGAUGCGUAAAGAAAUCCUCAGGACAGGAAUAUGCUGCUAAAAUCAUCAACACAAAGAAACUAUCAGCAAGAGAUCAUCAAAAAUUGGAGCGUGAGGCCCGAAUCUGUCGUCUCCUCAACCACGCGAAUAUUGUUCGCCUCCAUGACAGCAUAGCAGAAGAAGGCUUCCAUUACCUCAUCUUUGACCUGGUAACCGGUGGGGAGCUGUUUGAGGACAUCGUUGCCAGAGAGUAUUACAGUGAAGCCGACGCCAGCCAGUGCAUCAGUCAGAUCCUGGAAAGCGUCAACCACAUUCACCAGCAUGACAUCGUACACAGAGACCUCAAGCCUGAGAAUCUCCUGCUGGCCAGCAAGAUGAAGGGAGCGGCAGUGAAGUUGGCAGACUUUGGCCUGGCCAUCGAGGUGCAGGGAGACCAGCAGGCUUGGUUUGGAUUUGCCGGCACUCCAGGCUACCUCUCCCCCGAGGUGCUGAGGAAAGAUCCCUACGGCAAGCCAGUGGACAUCUGGGCCUGUGGUGUGAUCCUGUACAUCCUGCUGGUGGGUUAUCCCCCUUUCUGGGACGAGGACCAGCACAAGCUCUACCAGCAGAUCAAAGCUGGAGCGUAUGACUUCCCCUCCCCUGAGUGGGACACAGUGACGCCCGAGGCCAAGAACCUCAUCAACCAGAUGCUGACCAUCAACCCCGCCAAGAGGAUCACGGCCGAGCAGGCCCUCACGCACCCAUGGGUCUGCCAACGCUCCGUGGCCUCCAUGAUGCACCGCCAGGAGACUGUGGAAUGCCUGCGCAAGUUCAACGCCCGACGGAAGCUCAAGGGGGCCAUUCUCACCACCAUGCUGGUUUCCAGAAACUUCUCAGUGGGCCGGCAGCAUACCAGCCCUGCUGCUGCCACCACAAGCACUGCCGCGCUCGCACAGGAAGCUUGCAGGAGUUUGCUCAAUAAGAAGGCAGAUGGUUCGAAGCCCCAGACAAACAACACUAAAAACAGUGUAGUGAGUGGCAGCAAAGACAGCACCUCUGCACCAAUGGAGCCACAGACUACCGUGGUCCACAAUCCCAUCGAUGGCACCAAGGGAUCCACGGAGAGCUGCAACACCAACGAGGAGGAGGAUAUGAAAGGUAGGAAAGCGGAGAGCAUUCAGGGUGCCAGUAACGACAGCGCUGUGAUGAGUGCCAGCGAGGAUCCGCCUGCCCUGCUGGGAUCCCCGCAGAGUUCCCCUGCCAUUUCUGCCGGCCCGGUGCAUGACGUAAAGCGCAUGGCGUGGAACAGCACGCUGCACGCCUCCUGCCCUGAGAUGGAGCGCGCUCAGUCCCAGGGUGGGCAAGGGGGUGGGGCCAGCACCGCAGGGGGUGGAGCUUCACCCAAGACUCGUAAGCAGGAGAUUAUCAAAAUCACUGAGCAGCUGAUAGAAGCGAUGAACAAUGGGGACUUUGAGGCUUACACGAGAAUCUGUGACCCGGGGUUGACCUCGUUUGAACCGGAGGCCCUUGGCAACCUGGUGGAGGGCAUGGACUUCCACAAGUUCUACUUUGAGAACUUGCUGAGCAAGAACAACAAGCCGGUGCACACCACCAUCCUGAACCCGCACGUGCACCUGAUCGGGGAGGACGCGGCGUGCAUCGCCUACAUCCGCCUGACGCAGUACAUGGACGGGCAAGGGCGCCCGCGCUCCUGCCAGUCGGAGGAGACGCGCGUGUGGCAUCGCCGCGAGAGCAAGUGGCUCAACGUGCACUUCCACUGCUCCGGUGCCCCCGCCGCCCCGCUACAGUGAGCCCCGCGCCAGGAACAUGGCUCACCUGGAUUGUCCAGGAUGUUGAAGAGUCUUCUCUGUGGCCGAAAGGGGCACCCUAUGGCCUGCUGUCUGAGAGGAAGAGAUUGAGGGGGGGGG